UAUAAAUUGACCUUUUCUCACGCAAAAAAUAGUAGGUAUAGAAUAAUUUUUAUAUUCUUUGCAAUGGAUAUAAAAGAAACACGUAGCAAAUGAUGUUCAUUAGAUUGAACAGACAGUUCUUUUAAGACAGACAAAAUGAAAUCCUUCAUUGUUGCCCUUUGCGUCGUCGGCUGCGUGCUGGCUAACGACCCUGAAGCAGUUGUCGUCCGCAACGACUACGUCCAGAACCCCGAGGGAUCUUACAACUACGCUUUUGAGUCCAACAACGGCAUCUCUGGACAGGCUGAGGGCAAAUUCAAGGUCUUCGACAAGGACUCCGCCGCUGUGGUAGUUGCUGGCUCCAGCCAAUACAAGGGUUCCGACGGUAAAGUGUACUCUCUCACCUACGUCGCUGACGAGAACGGAUACCAGCCCCAAGCUGACUUCCUUCCCACUCCCCCUCCCACUGUUGCCAUCCCAGAGUACAUCGCCCGCGCCGUGGCCUACAACCUCGCCCACUCCGCUAAGGUCUAAGGACAAAGCUUAACCAAAACAUCGACAUUGUAAAAACAUGAAUGGCUUUAAGGAUAAUAACUUUAUCUGAAUGUUAUGAAAAGUAAUAAAUAGUUUGAAAUCGUUAUAA